AUCGCUAAUCAAUACAUUUAUUACAAAGAGCGCCACUGAUCAUGAAGUUUAUUUCGGCUGCUCUUGUUGCUGUUAUGGCUGUCGCGGUUGUUGCCAGACCUUCUCCAUGUAUUGGAAAUAGUUGCUCUGCCACACCACAGUCUACUACCCCUCAGUCUACACCAUCCCCAUCUCCAUCUCCAGUAACAGUACCGUCUCCAUCUCCAGAGGUUCCAAAGCCAGAACCAGUAACAGUACCAGUACCAGUUCCAUCUCCAGAGGUUCCAUCUCCAUCUCCGUCACCAGAGGUUCCGUCUCCAGUACUAGUUCCAUCCCCAUCUCCGUCACCAGAGGUUCCGUCUCCAGUACCAGUACCAUCUCCAUCCCCAUCACCAGAGGCUCCAAAGCCAGAGCCAGAGGUUCCAAAGCCAGUACCAGUACCAGAGGCUCCAAAGCCAGAACCAGAGAUCAAGUCUCCAUGCACUGGAGGUGUCUGCUCUCUGAAACCAAAACCAGAGACUCCAGAACCAGAGCCAGUACUAGUGAUAAAAACUCCAUGUGCUGGACCUAGCUGCUCUCUCGGACGAAACCCAGAGCCAGAGAUUGAUACUCCAGAGCCAAAGACCCCAUGUGCUGGAGGUGUAUGCCCUCUGAAACCAAAAACUCCAUGUGCUGGAGGUGUCUGCCCUCUCGGACGAAACCCAGAGCCAGAGAUUGAUACUCCAGAGCCAAAGACUCCAUGUGCUGGAGGUGUCUGUCCUCUGAAACCAAAAACUCCAUGUGCUGGAGGUGUCUGCCCACUUACCAAGAAGGGAACCCAAGCUCCUGAAGAGGAGGAGGAAGAAGAGGAAGAAGAACCAAAGACUCCAUGUGCUGGAGGUGUCUGCCCUCUGAAACCAAAGACUCCAUGUGCUGGAGGUGUCUGCCCUCUGAAACCAAAAACUCCAUGUGCUGGAGGUGUCUGCCCACUUACCAAGAAGGGAACCCAAACUCCUGACGAGGAGGAGGAAGAAGAAGAAGAGGAAGAAGAAGAGGAAGAUCCCGAUGAGGAUCCCGAUCAAAGCGAGGGAACUUUUGAGGAUGAUGAACAUAAUCCAAAUAUACCUGGCUCAAGAAAUCCCAACCAUUCAUAUGGCGAGAUUCCUCCACCUCCUCCCAAUGGCGGAGUCCCUCCUAACCCUGAUAUAGAUCGACCACCACCCAACCAUUCAUAUGGUGAGAUUCCUCCACCUCCCAAUCACGGAGUCCCUCCUAACCCUGAUAUAGAUAGGCCCCCUCCUCCUGGCCAUGGAAACCCACCACCUCCUUGCAACAAGAAACCUCCUCCUCCCAAUGGCGGAGUCCCUCCUAACCCUGAUAUAGAUCGGCCACCUCCUCCUAGCCAUGAAAACCCACCACCUCCUGGCUAUGGAAACCCACCACCUCCCAGCUAUGGAAAUCCACCUCCUCCCAAUGGCGGAGUCCCUCCUAACCCUGAUAUAGAUCGGCCUCCUCCUCCCAGCUAUGGAAACCCACCUCCUCCUAGCCAUGAAAACCCACCACCUCCUGGCCAUGACAGCCCACCUCCACCUAGCUAUGGAAACCCACCUCCUCCUAGCCGUGAAAACCCACCACCUCCCAGCUAUGGAAACCCACCACCACCUAGCCGUAGAGUCCCUCCUAACCCUGAUAUAGAAAGACCUCCUUCACCUCCUGAAGAUCCAUUUGAGGAGGACCCACCUCCUGGCGAUUCGGACGAGGAUCCCCCUGUGCCUGACCGUUCGCGUGGUAAUAUUCCUCCACCACCCAAAAGAGUUCCACCCACACCCGAGGAACCAGAUGAAGAUAAACCGCCCGUACCCACACCUACUACUACACCAGAAUAUCCUGAAGGAGAGAUUGUUACAUCUGGCGCAUCAUUCGCACCAUUUGCACCAUUCGCAUCACUUGCAAGUUUCUCGUUUGCAUCCAUUGCUGUAGCAGCAGCAGUAUUCUUUUGA